AGUGGGGCUAGUGACUUCACAUUGAGCCCUGGGCUCAGGGAGGGGCAGGGGAUGCAGGUCAGCCUGGGUGAGCAGAGUCCGCAUGUCCAGUCCUUCCCUGUCUCGCGUCCCCUCUGCAGCAGGCGCUAAUGGGGCACCCUGGAAGGGCCAGGCUGGGUGAGCGGCUGUCGGCCUGCUCCCCUCCCACCUUUGACGCUGUGCUUUUACUCCUUGUCUGCCUUGGUGUUAAACAGCUCUAGGUCUUUAGGUGAUUUUUUAUGUUCUCUGGAACCACGUUACAGAAAGCCUGAAACGCCUUGUUAAGACAUUUGGAUCUUACCCAUGAGGUCAGCUGGGGAGGAAACAAUAGAAUUAAAGAGGGUCAUAUGGUAACAUUUGCAUUAAAAGAUGACCGAUCUCUACUAAAAAAAAUAAAAAUAAAAAAUAGCCAGGCAUGGUGGUGCGUGCGUGUGGUUCCAGCUACUCCGGAGGCCGAGGCAAGAGGAUGCUUGAGCCCAGGAGGUCGAAGCAGCAGUGAGCUGUCAUUGCUCCACUGCUCCAGCCUGGCCAACAGAACAAAAUCCUGUCAAAAAAAAAAAAAAAAUACUUUGGAGCGGAUGAAACUAGAAGAGAGUAUCACGUAGGAAGUGGCUCCAGUCAUACAGAUGGGACAUGACAGGGGCCUAAAGUAGGAAAGACAUGGUGGACCUGGAGAGAAACACAGGCAACAAGGCAGAGUGGAGAGGCACCGUGGUUGAUGGGCUCGGCAGGAUGACCAGGCAGCCACAAGCCCAAUCUGAAAGUCUAGGGUGGAAGGAUAAGCUGGGGAGUCAUCAGCCUAUUGAAGUCCGGGGGUGGGUGAGGUCGCCCAGGGAGAGCAUCUGCACAGAGGAGCGCAGAGAGCCUGGGCUGGACCCUGAAGGACCCUCAGCAUCCACGGGGAGGAGGCAGAGCUGGAAAAGGAAGCUGGCAAUUGCCGGAAGAGCUGGAGGAAACCCAGGAGAGGGAGUUGCUGUGGAAAAUGGAAAAUGGGCCAAGAACACUCCAAGGAGAGGUGCCUCUGAUUACAGAUAAUCCCUCCCCUCUGCUCCUCUCACAGCCUCAGGGAUCUGAUACCAUCGGUUAUGUGCACCCUCCCUCAUCGUCCCCUUCUCCUACUCUUCCACAUCCUUCUCAUCAGCCUUUGAAGGUGCUUUAGUCAUGCCACCUUAAAUCCUUCAAAAUAAACAGCUCCCCAAUCCCCUCCCUGUCAGUGACUUACCUACAGCCUCCUCCCCAUCUCUUCUCAUUUACAACCACAGUCCUUGUCAUUCAAAGAAGAAAUGAAUAAAGUGCCUGCUGCCUGGAACAGCAGCUAUCUACAAGGCUCACAAGUUAUCCAGAAGUGCCCCCAGUUAUCUCCAAGGCUCACUCCCGCCUUCCUUCAGGUGUCUUCCCAGUCGCCCUGUCAGUGAGACCUGCCCGAUCAUCCUGCAGAAAACAGCACGCACCCCUGCCAGCCUGCCCUCCCCAUGCCCUUCUCUGCUUCAUUUUUUCCCCUAGCAGUUAUCACCCUCUGACAUCAUCUAUGCCUUCAGUAUUUACUUUCUGUCUGUCUCACUAGACUAUAACCUGGAUGAGGGUGAGAGCUUUUUCCUUUAUAUGUACUCCCUUAUCUCCAGUUUUCAGAAUGAUGCUUGGAACAUAUUAGGCACUUAUAAAUAGUCAGAAUGAAUGAAUGCAUGCAUGCAUGGCUGGCCCUGAGAAGAGAAGGCCUUGCCUCCCACUCAAGCUAGGGGUUGACCCUGAGGUGUUCUGGUCCUGGCUUCACCCUGAUGAGUUGCAUGCUCUUGACCAAGUCAUUUAAAGUCUGAGUCUCCUUCCCCCUCGUGGGUUUUUUGAGAGGAUUAAGGAAAAUCAUGUGAGCAUUCAACAGGAUUGUGUGUAAAAGCACACGUGACAGCAGCAUGGCCUCUGAGACUGGCAACCUGCAUUGGAAUCCAGGUGUGAUGCUCAGUGACCCGUGGUGCUGGCUGUAUCCUUCUCCAUGAAAUGAGGCAGGGGCUGACUUCAUCUGGUUCUCGGGAUUGUUCUGAAAUGCAAACCCAUCAGCACUCAGGAAAGCAUCAGAACCAAUCAACACCCGGCCCCUCUGGCACCCCAGUGACUCACUUGGAAUCAGACAGGGUUAGAUGGGAAUGCCCUCUGAGAUCCCAUGUGCCUGAGCCAAGUCUAUCGCUGUGAUCUAUCACUAGCUGAAAAUGCCAACUUGGUGGUUAAAGUUGUAACCUGGGCUGCAGAACAUCAACGCCAUCAUCACAGCAAACUAGUCAUGAACGCCUUACUAUGCUGUCGUCACUGUGACUGCGGAGGUCAGCCUAUUCUUAUCCCCCAUGUAGUGAUAAGGAAAGUGAAGUUCUGUGAGGCUAGAUAACCUGUCCACAGCCCCUUGUGGAGAUGGCAGAAGCAGGAUUAGAAACAAGGUACGUCUGAUUCCAGAACCCACUCUCUAAAGCAACAGUCAGACCACCUCCUAAACAAUGCAUGCAAUCUAAAUAGAAGAACAGCUUCUAGGAACACCAAGUGCCUGUGUAAAUAUCAGAGAGGACACAAGAAGCAUACUCCCAAAGCCUCUGACCUUCAUCUCUGCUGGAGAUCCCUCAUCCCUGUGAGGUCCUUAUGUCUGUAAGGUCCUAGUCCAACAAUGGCUGCAGGUUUCAUCUGCUCACCGGGUGACAGAUGCCCAAACUGCUACAUUGGAAGAGAUUCCAAGGCCAAUUUUUGGCUCAGUUGUGACCCAUCGGCCAAGACCGACAUGAGAGCUGGGGAGGGGGAGGAGGUAGAGUGUGGCCAUUGUUCCAGACAUCUGCCUGCCUGUGCCAGGGGACUUGCCCAUGCUUGUGUGAUUUUGUAGGUUUCCACACAUGCUGUUCAGCAAACUGCUGUACUUGGAGGAAUCGUGAGGCUUCAGCCAGACCUUUCCCACCAGCCCGAAAGGAAAACACUGCAGCAAAGGCACUGAGGGGUGGAAUGGGCACUGCGACGUGGCUUGUGAUCAAAACACAGCUCGUUGUCUUCCACGGUCCUGUUAAAAGCCAUUCAGAGGCUGGGCAUGGUGGCUCACACCCUGUAAUCCCAGCAUUUUGGGAGGAUGAGGCGGGUGGAUCAUCUGAGGUCAAGAGUUUCAGACCAGCCUGGCCAACAUGGUAAAACCCGGUCUCUACUAAAAAUACAAAAAUUAGCCAGACAUGGUGGUGGGCACCUGUAGUGCCAGCCACUUGGGAGGCUGAGGCAGGAGAAUCGCUUGGACCCAGGAGAUGAAGGUUGCAGUGAGCUGAGAUCACGCCACUGCACUCCAGCCUAGGGGGACAAAGCGAGAUUCUGUCUCAAAAAAAUAAAAAUAAAAAAUAAAAAAGCCAUUCAGAGGGCAUGAUAUGUUCUGUCCAGAUAAAACUUAGACUUGGAGCUUUUCUGAUUAUUCUUAGGUAAUAGUCCUACGGUCACCUGGGUCCAAAUUCAGGGUGAUUUAUGUACUAGAAUACCCUAGCCCUUGUCACAUUCUCCACACAGAAUCUGACUCAGUGCUCAGCCUCCUCCAGACCUGGGCCCGGUUAGGAACAAGGUUCCUUUCUCACCUCCCACUCUGCUCACCUGCCCCCAGCAGGUGAAAGUUGAGGGGAAGGCACAGGUCCAGGUGAGCCCACACAUCAGCUCACUGUUCCUUGGGCCUGGCAGACAUUGAAGACUGGCUCUUCGGUGGUAUCUUCACGGGCUCUUCCAUGGUUCCCUGCUGGGUGGCUUUCUCCUGAAGUCCCCAGGCCAGGGUGGGGCUCUCUCUGUACCGUGCUGCUUUCUGCUCUUUGUCAUCCCGUGUGCACCUGGUGAUACACCCCAGACUCUUUCUAACAGAUUUCCUUGCCCCCUCCAGGAAGCCUCAUGGGAAAUUCAGGCAUUUCUCUCUCUGUGCAGCACACACUGAUUCCAAGGAAAAACUGUGGGUUCAGGACAGUCCCUACCCAGCAGCAUCCCUCCCAGAACCAUUCUCUCACCUCCAGAUUUCCCAAGUGUGAGUUAGACCCCAGGGAUCCCAGCAAAGCUCUCUACAGGAAGCCUAACUGAUGCUUCUCAAAGAUGUCCAGAGAUGAUCUGCAUUGGAUUCAUCUGGAAGAAGCUCUGCUGUUACAAAUGCUCAGACCUCUCCCCCACCCCCGGCCCGCCCCAUCCCACUGGAUCAGGAUCUGAAGGACUAAGCCUGUAAACACGUACUAGAGUUGACAGAUAAAAUAUAGUACAUGAGUUAUGUUUGAAUUUCAAAUAAACAGCAAAUUAUUUUAGGAUGAAUAUGUCCUAAAAACAGUAUGGAGUAUAUUUAUACUAAAAAUAUUUGUUUAUCUCAAAUUCAAAUUUGACAAGGCAUCCUGUAUUUUUAUUUGCUGAAUCUGGCAACCCUAUCUGCACUGAACAAGCUCCCUAGGCUGCACAUCCAAGUCAGGACCACAGUUUGAAUGUGUCUCCUCCAAAAGUUACGCAUUGGAAACUUAAUCCCCAAUGCAACAGCGUCGAGGGGUGAGGCCUUUGGGAAGCGUUUGGGUGAUGAAAGCUCUGUCCUCAUGAAUAGAUUAACACCACUAUACAAAGGGCUUGCUGGAGUGGGUUCACUCUCUUCUGUUCCUCUGAAGAACUUGAAGACACAACAUUCCUCUUCCCCACAAGACAUAGAAAUAUGGCACCAUUUUGGAACCAGAGACCAAACCUGCUGGCACCUUGAUCUUGGACUUCCUAGCCUCCAGAACUGUGAAAGAAUAAAUUUGCAUUCUUUAUAAAUUACCCAAUCUGGCCAGGAGUGGUGGCUCACGCCUGUAAUUCCAGCACUUUGGGAGGUCAAGGAGGACAGAUCACCUGAGGUCAGGAAUUCAGGACCAGCCUGGCCAACAUGAUGAAACCCUGUCUCUACUAAAAAUACAAAAAUUAACCGGGCAUGGUGGUGUGCACCUAUAAUCCCAGGUACUCAGGAGGCUGAGGCACGAGAAUCGCUUGAAUCGGGAGGUGGAGGUAGCAGUAAGCCAGGAUCAUACCACUGCACUCCAGCCUGAGUGACAGAGUGAGACUCCAUCUCAAAGAAAAAAAAAAAAAAACAAUUACCCAAUCUGUGGUAUUCUGUCAUAGCAACACAAACAGUCUAAGACAGUCAGAGAACCACUGGCCAAGACUUUGGUAAAGUCCCCAAGGCAAUGCCAUCCAGGGGCCUCUCAGGCAUCAGCCAGGCAACAGUCCCCACACCACCCAUAUCCGACCUAUAUCAUCAUGUGCCUCCUUUCCUCUUUGAAUUUCAUCAAAUUCCUUCUAGAGCACUGGCAUUGCUCUCCUCACCCUGGACCCCCUAGUUUGCCCAGUCCAAGGGAGAGACUUUCCCAUUGUAGUCUAUGGGGGAUGGCGCUCUCUGGAGUUGUGCAGAGCUCAGCAUGUGAGGCUGGGAUGUCUCCAUCCAGAAGAUGGGACAUGGUGCAACCCAGCAUCGCUGUGAAGAUUUGCAAAGCAAUGCUGGACAGUGAAUGAGUAUUUCACAAGAAUAGACCUAAGUCAUGUUCUUGGGAGGGACGUAGACUCUACAGGGUGGUCUUCAGCAGGAAAUCAAUCUUUCUGGAGGUGACGGAUGAUUUUGUUCAGAUACUUCUAUUGAAAAUGAGCAGCAGUUUGCAGUGGAUAUGCCCGUGCCCCUUGUCUCUCCAUCUGUGAGAUUAGCUGUCAUCUUCCAUUCCCUCAUCAGACCUGGAGCCCAGACUCCUCCUCCCCUCCACACCCUACCCCCAGAACCAAUAGAAACUGAGCGAAGGAGAAAGCACUGGCAUAUAGCAGAUGCAUGAGUAGCAGGUCCAGUGGGGACCUGAGCCCAAAGGAGGGGAAGAGGAAAGCCAGGGAGCUCCCUAUUAGCCACCCUGAGGGCCAAGGAGUGAGACUAAGUGGUGAGACCAGGGCCAGGUGCCUGGGUGUGCUGUGGGCUCCUGUCCCACAUGCCAGUCAGGAAGUCCUGGCCUCCAUCAGGGCCAGGCAUCCCCUGUUGAAAAGACGGGUGAGGCAUGGUUUAGAGCAGGUGGGAAGGGCACCACCCAGGGCCACUCAACAGGCUGUGGCUCAGCCUCGGAGGGGAUGCCUGAGCAGUGAGGAGCAACCUUCGCCAGGGAGCUGCCUUGGGAGAAAGAGCAGAGAAGUCCUGGAAUCUCCUCCCUGGGCAGUAGCUCGAGCUACACCCAUGAGAGGCCACCUCGACAGUCAUGUGAUCUCACUUUAAGCCUCACAGUAACCUGCACGCCAGUGAGCAUCGUGUUUCUCUGCUGCAGAUGAGAAAACCGAGGAGGUAAGACUGGGCAGGUAGACACGUGGGCACUUUGGCGAUUGAGCCCAUAAGUCACUUCCAACCACGAGGCUCAGCCUGUGGCCAGGAAGGCAGUGCCCAGGCUGCUUGGGUAAGUCCACUUGGGUCAGCGCGCUAAGGGGUGUGGAAGUUUUAAAAAUACACAAGGUCCAAAGCCCAUGACUGAGUCACUGACAUCCAGGGAGGGCACACAUCAGCAACCUCCAUCCGAGGCUGGUCAUUUCAUCUUGAAUGCACAGGGGCCCAUCAGGAGACUUGGGGCCACAUGGGAUCCAUCUAGAAGGUGGUAGGAGGGGGAUUGGGACCCGCCAUGCUGGGCAUGAGGGGAAGCCAGAACCUCUCAACCUGACCUGUGCAGCCACACCUGAGGCCCUGGGUCAGAGUCCUGGGCAGAGAACUAAGCGGGCAGCUGUACCCCACAGGGUGCUGGUGCUGGCACAGGCCUCCAGGCGUCCCCGGGCCCCACCCCAUUCCCGAGGGUCCAGGCUGGAAGCCCUUCCCCCAUAUCUUACUCCCACAUUCACAGAGAAGCUGUGGCCUGAACUGAGCCUCAAAAAAUGUUUGGGGGUGGCAAUGGCUGAAAGCAUCAUUGGGCCCACCAAGGGCUCAAUGAUUUGGUUUGGUUGUGUCCCCACCCUAAUCUCAUCUUGAAUUGUAGCUCCCAUAAUUCCCACGCGUUGUGGGAAGGAGCCGGUAGGAGAUGCUUGAAUUAUGGGGGCAGUUUCCCGCAUACUGCUCUCUUGGUAGUGAAUCAGUCUCACAAGAUCUGAUGGUUUUAUAAGGGGCUUCCCAUUUCACAUGGCUCUCAUUCUCUCUUAUCUGCUGACAUGGAAGACAUGCCUUUUGCCCUCCACCAUGAUUGUGAGGCCUCCCCAGCCACCUGGAACUGUGAGUCCAUUAAACCUCUUUUUCUUUAUAAAUUACCCAGUCUCAGGUAUGGCUUUAUCAGCAACAUGAAAAUGGACUAAUACACUCAGGAAGCUGGGUGGUGCCCAGGUCAGAGAGAAGGGAACCUGGGAUAAGAAAGGCUCUGAGAUGAGGUGCCUCUGUGCAGCUGUCCCGGAAAUAAAGCAGCCAGAAAAGAAGGCUUCGUGGCUACAGUCUGAGUUCUUGGCUCCACAGCCCAUUGUGACAUCACUUGGGGGCUCUGGAUCUGAGCUGGAGGCUCUCAGCCUCACUCCCUCAGCCCUGGCCUCUGUCACCCCCCGGGCCCACAGCACAGCCCAGGGCCAUGCUCCUGUUCUCAGUGUUGCUGCUCCUGUCCCUGGUCACAGGAACUCAGCUCGGUCCACGGACUCCUCUCCCAGAGGCUGGAGUGGCUAUCCUAGGCAGGGCUAGGGGAGCCCACCGCCCUCAGCCCCCUCAUCCCCCCAGCCCAGUCAGUGAAUGUGGUGACAGAUCCAUUUUCGAGGGAAGAACUCGGUAUUCCAGAAUCACAGGGGGGAUGGAGGCGGAGGUGGGUGAGUUUCCGUGGCAGGUGAGUAUUCAGGCAAGAAGUGAACCUUUCUGUGGCGGCUCCAUCCUCAACAAGUGGUGGAUUCUCACUGCGGCUCACUGCUUAUAUUCCGAGGAGCUGUUUCCGGAAGAACUGAGUGUCGUGCUGGGGACCAACGACUUAACUAGCUCAUCCAUGGAAAUAAAGGAGGUCGCCAGCAUCAUUCUUCACAAAGACUUUAAGAGAGCCAACAUGGACAAUGACAUUGCCUUGCUGCUGCUGGCUUCGCCCAUCAAGCUCGAUGACCUGAAGGUGCCCAUCUGCCUCCCCACGCAGCCCGGCCCUGCCACAUGGCGCGAAUGCUGGGUGGCAGGUUGGGGCCAGACCAAUGCUGCUGACAAAAACUCUGUGAAAACGGAUCUGAUGAAAGCGCCAGUGGUCAUCAUGGACUGGGAGGAGUGUUCAAAGAUGUUUCCAAAACUUACCAAAAAUAUGCUGUGUGCCGGAUACAAGAAUGAGAGCUAUGAUGCCUGCCAGGUCACAAGAGCAAGACCAAGACUUCUCCUGGAGUUAUCAGGAACAAGACUGACUCUCUCUCCUGGGACUCCCAACAUGAUUGCCCUCCAUAAUGGGGUGAGCCUCAUCCAAUCCGCUGAAGGCCUCAGUAGGACAAAAAUGAUUGGCCUCCCCACACAAGAGGGAAUUCCUCAGCCGCCCACCUUCAGACUUCAUCUGCAUUGUCAGCUCUUCUGGGGCUCUGCCUGCCGGUCUCUAAACCAGAGCAGCACCACCGACUCUCCUGCAACUCGAGCCUGCCAGUCCACACCCCAGGUUUGAGCUUGCCAGUCUCUGUAAUCAGGGACAGAAAACUGACUGUGUGCUCUGUUGACCCAGCCUCAACAAACAGGACAUGGUGGCCUGGACCUGUGCUUCUCAGACCAUCUGUGAGGAAAAAGACCAGGGCGUUUGGUUUUUGGUUUUGCUUUCAAAUUUCCAACUUAUUUCAAACCAAUACUUCCAUAAAACAUAAAAUUGAACUACUCGAAAAAUGAAAUCGAAAAUGAACAAAUAAAAUGCAAGCCCACACUAUUUUUUUUUUUUUUUCCGAGAGUGUCUCACUCUAUCACCCAGGCUGGAGGGGAGCAGUGCAAUCAGGACUCACUGCAGCCUCAACCUCCCAGGCUCAAGUGAUCCUACUGUCUCAGCCGUCUAAGUAUCUGGGACCACAGGUGUGCACCAUCAUGCCUGGCUAAUUUUAUUUUAUGGAGAGAUGGGGUCUCACCAUGUUGCCCAGGCUGCAAAGUUUAUUAUUACAGUCAACCACAUAAUCCACUUAACUUAAAGUUGCUGUAAAGGUUUCUAAGCAUUUACUCUCCAUUUCUAUGCUUAUCUCUUCGUGGGCCAGUAACAAGCAGUUUUCAGACCAGCAGUAGUCCCUGUUCCACACUUCAGAAGCAUUUCCCUACAAGACCCAGACUUUAAUCACCAAGAAAUAGAGGCCACCUGGCUACCAAGCCCAGCCUUUCUAAGGUAUAAGAGGAUCACAUUAGAAUAUGGAUUGGAUUGGAAUGAAGCUUUCGGUGUGGCUCGUGAAUCAUCGUUUGAAUUGAGACUGUAGAGACAUGUGUUAUUCAUUGUCUUGAGCAGUAAAAACUCACAAAGCUUCUCA